AUGAAGCUGCUUCCCAUCAUUGCCAAGCUUUUCACCGCGUCCGCUACUGCAAAAUGCACCCUUGGUCAAGACUGCCGCACCAAUAAAGGUUGUGAUGAGAAUUGUGUAGGAGGCAAAUGGAGCGUCGUGAUUGAGGCAGGUGACACAAGGAUGGUCUGCGAUCCUAGCACUCUUGAUUCUACUCGUUACGUUACAGCAGCUUGCCUCGGUGAAAACGGUUCAGACAAGUUCGCCAAAAAUGGAAAGUCAGUUUGCGACAUCAUGGCAGGAGUAUUUUGUAGUGGCUAUUGCUCUUUGAAAACCUCAGCAUCAAAGGGAGAGGAUCUGACCACCCGCUUCCAGGAGCUGUGCACCAAAAAGAAGACUCGGAUGGACAUGUAUAUGAUGCCAUUGUCAAUUUAUAUUCCACAAAGGAACAGGCCGUGA